CUUCUAAACUAUGUAUGUUGUGAGAAUCAGAUUAUUAUGUUUCUGUUGAUAUGACUUUCAUCACAAACACACUCAAUUUGGGCAUUGUUCUGUUAACAAUCGUAUCCGUGGAUAACCGAUGUUGCAACGGACUUAAUGAGGUCUCAUAUACGUUCAGGUAUGCGAUUGACGAAGCGCGCGUCGUGACGCAACAUUGGGAAGAACGACGCUCGGAUAUCGUCCACGGCUCGUACAGUUUCCUGGAAGCCGACGGAAAAAUCCGGGUUGUGGAGUACCAAGUCAACGGAAAAGCCGGUUUCAGAGCCGUGGUGACCUUCAGGAAGCCUCCGACAGGUUACCCCAUUCUGAACCACCUGAAGUUUCCCGAAGACUUCCGACACCCGUUUACCCAUGCCAAGCCGGUGGCGGUCAUCAGCAAUGAGCUUUACCACCCCGGAAAAACCUACCCAAACCUACCGGAAUGAUCAAAGACUGAUUGUCCCUUUUUUGUACAAAUAAACUGGAUUUUAUUUAAUUAUUGCGUCACUGUGUGUAUGCGUAGGUGUGUUGACAAAUUUUAUGCAGACAGGAUAAUUGGUACAUUUGGUGACGACCUUUGGGAGCUAAACCCACCCAUGAUCGAUGGGCUAUUGUACGCCACUGGUUGACCUUGUGAACUACUGAAAAUAACGCGCCACACCCGGAUUAUGACUUAUUGUAUAUUCCUUAAUUAUUUCAAGUUUGAUUUGGAGAUACUGAAACGAAUGAAUUAUUUAUGACGGUUAUUGAAUUUAUAAUUUCAGCACUGACAAAACUUU